UCUAGUCAUAAUAAACCAAAGGUUACAGGAUCUACCUCAGACCCUGGAAGUAGAAGCAGAUCUGAAUUAUUUUAUACCUUAAAUGGGUCAUCUGUUGACUCACAACAACAAUCCAAAUCCAAAAAUCCAUGGUAUAUUGAUGAAGUUGCAGAAGACCCUGCAAAGUCACUUACAGAGCUGUCUCCAGACUUUGGACAUUCAUCACCUCCACCACAACCUCCUUCCAUGAACUCCUUAUCCAGCGAGAACAGAUUCCACUCUCUACCGUUCAGCCUGACCAAGAUGCCCAAUACUAACGGCAGCAUUGCUCACAGCCCACUAUCACUGUCAGUGCAGUCUGUGAUGGGCGAGCUGAACAGCACGCCUGUCCAGGAGAGUCCACCUUUGCCCAUCUCUUCUGGUAAUGCAUACGGCCUAGAGGUGGGCUCACUGGCUGAAGUGAAAGAGAAUCCCCCGUUCUAUGGGGUUAUCCGUUGGAUUGGCCAGCCGCCUGGGCUCAGUGAUGUGCUAGCUGGACUGGAACUGGAGGAUGAAUGUGCGGGCUGUACAGAUGGCACGUUCAGGGGCACGCGCUAUUUCACCUGUGCCCUGAAGAAGGCCCUGUUCGUGAAACUGAAGAGCUGCAGACCCGACUCUAGGUUUGCGUCCCUGCAACCUGUUUCUAAUCAGAUUGAAAGAUGUAAUUCCUUAGCAUUUGGAGGCUACUUAAGUGAAGUAGUAGAAGAAAAUACUCCACCAAAGAUGGAAAAAGAAGGUUUAGAUAUAAUGAUUGGAAAGAAGAAAGGCAUCCAGGGCCAUUACAAUUCUUGUUACUUGGACUCAACUUUAUUCUGCUUAUUUGCUUUUAGUUCUGUCCUGGAUACUGUGUUGCUCAGACCCAAAGAAAAGAAUGAUGUAGAGUAUUAUAGUGAGACCCAGGAGCUACUGAGGACAGAAAUAGUUAAUCCUCUGAGAAUAUAUGGAUAUGUGUGUGCCACAAAAAUUAUGAAACUGAGGAAAAUACUUGAAAAAGUUGAGGCUGCAUCAGGAUUUACCUCUGAAGAAAAAGAUCCUGAAGAAUUUCUAAAUAUACUGUUUCAUGAUAUUUUAAGGGUUGAGCCAUUGUUAAAAAUAAGAUCAGCAGGUCAGAAAGUCCAAGACUGCAACUUCUAUCAGAUCUUCAUGGAAAAAAAUGAGAAAGUUGGAGUUCCUACAAUUCAACAGUUACUAGAAUGGUCUUUUAUCAACAGUAACCUGAAAUUUGCAGAGGCACCAUCAUGCUUGAUUAUUCAGAUGCCUCGGUUUGGAAAAGACUUCAAAAUGUUCAAAAAAAUUUUCCCUUCUCUAGAAUUAAAUAUAACGGAUUUGCUUGAAGACACUCCCAGGGAGUGUCGCAUCUGUGGAGGACUUGCGAUGUUCGAGUGUAGAGAGUGCUAUGAAGACCUCGACAUCACAGCAGGGAAGAUCAAGCAGUUCUGUAAGACCUGCUGCACUCAGGUUCACCUCCAUCCCAAGAGGAUGAAUCAUACAUAUCAUCCAGUAUCACUUCCCAAAGACUUGCCUGACUGGGACUGGAGACACGGCUGCAUCCCCUGCCAGAAGAUGGAGUUGUUUGCUGUCCUCUGCAUAGAAACGAGCCACUACGUUGCUUUUGUGAAGUAUGGGAAGGAUGAUUCAGCCUGGCUCUUCUUUGACAGCAUGGCUGAUCGAGAUGGGGGUCAGAAUGGCUUCAACAUUCCACAAGUGACACCCUGCCCUGAAGUGGGAGAGUACUUGAAGAUGUCUCUGGAGGAGCUGCACUCCUUGGAUUCCAGAAGGAUUCAAGGCUGUGCACGCAGACUUCUUUGUGAUGCGUACAUGUGCAUGUACCAGAGUCCAACCAUGAGCUUGUACAAAUAACAUGUCAUCUGAAAGGGACAGAGGCCAAGCACAAAGCUUAACACCAUGUUUCUUCCAGCUGGCACCCAUUGCCGGCAAUGGGUGUCUUUUGUGUUGAUGGCCCCUCAGCAAAGGAUUCCUGUGUUUUUAAACAAAUUACUUUUGUGUUCUUGAAGUAUUUAAUAAGCAUUUUGCACUCUAGGAAGUAUGUUUUGUUGGUUUUUUAAAAGUUUAAAUGAAGUUUAGUUUAAAUGAAGUUAAGUUUUGUUUUCUUUAAGUUUAUUGAGUUUAUUGCAUUGAUAAUAUUUUUGGAAAGAUACAAUUUUAAUUGUGACGUCUAACAUCUUUUAGUCCAUUGAGGAUGUAAGUAAAUAUUUCUUCUUAUGGACCAAGGAUAUUAAAUCAUUUUUCUUUUUUGAUUGCCUUGAGGAAGAAAUAAUAUGGUUUUAUUGAGUCUGCCUUUAUUCCAGUUCUUGAAGGUGUGCUGAGUUUGUUAAUUUUUCCUAUAUAGUGCUGAUUUCCUGCAUGUCUGUAUUUUGCCGAGUUUCUGUGUUCCUGCAGCAGUGGUCAGAACAUGCUGAUAUUCCUUUCAUGGUGUUAUUUUCUAUUUGUUCUGGUUUUGAGACAAAUGAGUAACUUUGUUGUAAAAUGUCCAUUUUUGGUGUCAACUUGGAGGAUUAGGGUAGAGAGCAAUUGGAACCUCUCAGUGAUAACUGUCACCAGGCAGGUUUCCUAUAGGAGCUCUUAAGUAUUUAUGGAGCAAGGCACGGUGACUUACUUAUGUGACUGGAGUGGUCAUACAUAAUGUAUUCUUAUACAGAUCACAGUACAGAGAAAAUAAAGUUGGCUUAGAGAUAUUACUAAUAUUUUCCUGAAGAGAUCUAUUAGGUUUGAAGGCUUCAAAGACAACUUCUCUUUGUGUUAAUAUGGGAUCAAACAAUGCUAUUGUCUGUAGCAGUCAUUCUAUUUAAGUGUGAAUAAGUGGAUAUUGACUCUGUGUUUAUCUUUGUUUAUAUAUGAACUUAUAUAUUAAGUACAUUUGGUAUGUGUACCUCAGCGCUCUAUUCCUAGAGGAAUUAGCAGUCUUUGGAAUGUGCAUAAAUCUUAGAGGGUAUUUGAUGGUACUUACUUGGAUAUUUCCUUCCACCCUAUUUCUAUAGAAAUAGAGGCUCUGGGAGCCAAAGAAAUAGACAAAAGUCUCAUGUUGAAGGGGAAAAAUAAAUCACUGAAUUGAUUUCUCUCUACUACUUAAUAAUUUAAACAUUUAACUUCUGAGAAGAUUUUUCCUGUACCACCACACUACCAGAUGACAGGUCUUUUUGUCAGAAGUAGGAUAUCCUUCUCAGAGUAGAUAGGUCAUGAGACCUCUGUUUAAAAACAAGACUGCCCUCUUUGGGCUUGGUGAUCCCGGCACCACUCCCAGUGCUUCAUCAGGGAGAUGGUUGUUUAGUUCCCAGAUGCAGCUGGGCUAGGCGGAGAAGAUGUAAUGGUGGAAACUGGUGAGCAGAGAGGGGCCAGAGGAGGCAGUGGCCCGUCACAGCAGAGGGCAGGACUUGUGGAGGCAAACUUCUGUGGCUUUGGGCCUUGGCCCUCUUGUCAAGAUGUCAAAGUGUGACUUCCUGGCAAGGAAUUAGGCUCCUGUGUGAGCUGUUGUCAGUUAUCUCGGGUGGGGGACUGGCUGGAGUUGUUGAGGGUCUAUGCUUUGUAUUAUUCUAGAUCCUAAAGGGUUUCUCUUGGGCCCAGAUGUGGUGACAAGCUGAGCAGCAGAGAUGGCCAGGAGUAGUGAACAGUGGGAAUAUUGGGGAUAAACCCUUGCUGGUGGGUGGCCUUAAAUGGCAUUACUUUAUCCUCAAGAGGACCGCAGGGUCCUGGCCACUCUCCUGGCAGUGCUGACAGUUUACUGUCAUCAGAUUUUGGUUCUCAUUUUCUUCCUAAGGGAUUUGAGGGAGAAGGGCUGUUGAUGUAGGGAUUGUCCUUCCAGGCACCGUAGGCCUCUGCACAGUUCUCUUUUGUUUUUAAAUACUGUUGAUGUUCACUAGUUAUUCAUUCUAAAGGGAUUAUGUGGGAGACGCAGCUGUCUUUGGUUUUAUAUUAUGAAAUAGCCUUGUAUUGUGGGAUGUUAACUCUGAAGAGUCGCCCUCAUACUCAAAGUAUUCAUUAAAAAACUUCCCUGAUACUCCCUAGGGGUGGUGUGGCUAUUAUCAGGCUGACCCAAAGGAACACAUUUUGUAUUCCAUUUCCUUUACUGGUAUCUUGUUAAAAAUUUUUUGCCUGAAGAAUAUUCUUUUGUUUAUGAAAACAUGAAUAACAUUGUAUAAAACAGUCCCUUUCUGUCAGAAGGCUCCAAUGUAGCCUUAAUUUUGUUAGAGACGAUUGAAGUGCUGCUGUGGAAAGAAAUGUACCAUGUACUAUUUCUGUAUCAUUAAAACGCAGUUUUUAUGGUU